UUUACUCGUACUCGGAGGUAUCGGCAGUGUCGGUUUCCUCGCAAUUUUACUACUGCAUCGCUCGUCAUGGACGAUGAUUCCGAUUCCUUCGUCAAGAACCGGGCCAAACGGUCGAGGCCGGAUAAAGCCGGCCGCUUCGCUGCUCUCGAGCGCCUCAAGCAAGUCAAAGGUGGCGUACGGAGCAAGUACGAGCUGAAAGAAGAGGUCUCCGUGUACGAGGAGGUGGAUGAAAAGGAAUACUCGCGCCUUGUGCAAAAACGCCAGGAGGAGGACUGGAUCAUCGAUGACGGCGGAGCAGGCUAUGUGGAGGACGGAAGAGAAAUCUUCGAUGACGACAUCGGCGACACGGACGACGGCCCCAGGAAAGAGGCCUCGGGCACCAAGAACAAGUACCGACCGCCGUCUUCGAAGAAGGUGGCAGCUCCCAAGGCGGGCACCAUCGCAGCCAUGUUCAGCGCACAGCCCAAGAAGAAAGCUGAGAAAGAGAUCAACCUCAACGACGACCAACUUCUGGACAACAUCCUCCAGUCCGUGGACAGGCAGAGUUCGGGUCCGAGCAUGUCCACGGCGUUUGUGCUCACUCCUAAAGCUCCCCGGAAGUCUGCGGGUUCGUCGGCUUUAAAGUCUUCCGCCAACCCGUUUGCCAAGAACAGCCAAUAUCUGUCUUCGAGGGCAGACGUCAAGCCUCAUCGUGGCAACUACAACACCAUUGAUCCCCAGACGGUUGUGAGCCGAAGGCAGCUUGAAGACAAGGAGGAAAUAAAGAUUGAGCAGUUUGACACGCAAGAGCUGUCGUGCGACUUCAACAUUGAAGAGGACUCCCCGCCAUCUCCGCUGGCAGAAGCACCCCACGAAAAUGACCAGACGGUGGACGAAGACUUGGCGUGCUUUGCGGACGCCCAAAACGACGACUUCCACAUGGAAUCGGAGGAGAACGGCCAGACGGCCAAUGCGGGGCUGGACCUCAAGGUUGGCACAGGCGUUGGAAAAGAAGAGUCUUUGGAUGACAGCUUUCCGGAGUGGACCGGAGUAGUCGCGGAGGAUGCAGUUCGCCGGCCAGCCGACGUUAAGGUCGAUUCUUUGCCCCUCGUCGAGAACGAGAAUGGAGAGAAGGUCGUGCGUUUCUUCUGGCUGGACGCCUACGAGGACUACUUCAAGAAUCCGGGGGUCGUUCAUCUCUUCGGGAAGGUAAAGCUCCUGGACGCCUCGACGUAUGCGAGCUGCGCCGUCACUGUCUGCAACAUUCCCCGCAAAGUCUACCUGCUGCCUCGACCCUUUCACUUCGACUCGGCGGCAAAGGCGGAAACGGACGAACCAGUAACCAUGAAGGACGUCUACGACGAGUUCAGGUGCAUUGCCGAGAAACAGCGCAUCGAAGAGUUCAAGACCAAGGCUGUGACGAAGCGCUACGCUUUCGACAAAGAAGGCGUUCCAGCAGAAGCAGAGUACUUGGAGAUUGUUUACCCUGCUCGGUUCCCGGAACUGCCCAAGGAUCUUACGGGCAGAACGUUUAGUGCCGUCUUCGGUACCAACACGUCCAGCCUGGAAAGUCUCCUGAUCGGUCAGAAGCUCAUGGGACCAUGUUGGCUCGAACUGCAGAACCCAACUGCACCUAACGUUCCUGUGAGCUGGUGUAAACUGGAGGUUGUCCUCAGCAAACCUGGGGACAUCGUCGUAGCAAAAUCGGAGUCUGCACCUCCACUUGUUGUCAUGUCCCUGAGCAUCAGGACCGUCCCCAACGAUGCGACCAAUCAGAAUGAGGUAGUUGCUGUCUCUGUGCUGGCUCAUCAUACCUUCCCCAUUGACAGGCAAGCACCUAGCCCGCUGUACCAGACGCAUUUCUGCGCCCUGUCCAGGCCGAGCGGCACCCUGUUCCCGUAUGGAUUCAGCGGGUCCAUGUGCAAGCACACGACGCUGGAAGUCGUGGACUCUGAACGUUCUCUCCUGAUCUUGUUUGCUGCCAAGCUCCAGAGACUUGACCCGGACAUUAUUGUGGGCCACGACGUCCAGAGCUACGACCUGAACGUCUUGCUGCACCGAAUGAUCACCAACAAGAUUCCCAACUGGUCCCGGCUUGGACGACUCAAGCGGGGGAACGCGGCAGUGCUGGUGAAGGCGGACAAGCAGAUGACGCCCGGGAGGCUGGUGUGCGACCUAAAGAUCUCCUCGAAGGAGCUGGUGCAGUGCAAGAGCUACGACCUGACGGAGCUGGCGAGGACCCUGCUCCACAAGCAAAGGCUGGAGCUCAGCCCGGAGCGGCUCCAGAACAUGUACAGCUCUUCAGCGCAGCUGCUGAAGCUGGUUGACCUGACGAUGAUGGACGCCGAAUUCUGCCUGCGCCUUAUGAGCGAACUCAACGUGCUGCCGCUGGCUCUGCAGAUCACCAACAUUGCCGGCAACGUCUUGUCCAGGACCCUCCUCGGAGGCCGGUCCCAGCGGAACGAGUACCUGCUCCUGCAUGCCUUCAGCGAUCGCAACUACAUCUGCCCGGACAAGAGCUUUAAGAAGCAGGCUGUCAAGGCGCCCGACGACGACGAGACGGAACUCCCGGCUUCCAAAAACAAGUCCAAGAAAGGUCCAACCUACAGCGGUGGUCUGGUCCUGGAGCCCAAAAAAGGAUUCUACGACUCCUUCAUCCUGCUCAUGGACUUCAACAGCUUAUACCCCUCCAUCAUCCAAGAGUACAACAUCUGCUUCACGACCGUCGACAUGUCCAAGGGUGGCGGCGACGCGGCGGCGGAGGACCAGAUCCCCGAGCUGCCCAGCAGUUCUGCGGAACCCGGCGUCCUACCCUCUGAGAUCCGCAAGCUCGUGGAGAGCCGGCGGCAAGUCAAGAACCUCAUGAAGGCCUCCGACGUCGGAGCAGACCUCUACCAACAGUACGACAUCCGGCAAAAGGCUCUCAAGCUGACGGCCAACAGCAUGUACGGCUGCCUGGGGUUCGCCCAGUCGCGGUUCUUUGCCAAACCCCUCGCUGCCCUCAUCACCAGUCGAGGACGAGAGAUCUUGAUGCAGACAAAGGAGCUGGUCGAGAAGAUGGGCCUUGACGUCAUUUAUGGCGACACAGACUCCAUCAUGAUCAACACAAACUCCAGGGACCUGAAAGAAGUUUCCAAACUGGGAAACAAGGUCAAGGCGGAGAUCAACAAACUGUACAAGCAGCUGGAGAUCGACAUUGACGGCAUCUUCAAGUCCAUGCUGCUGCUGAAGAAGAAGAAGUAUGCGGCGCUCGUCGUUUCCGUCGGACCCAAUGGUCAAGUCUCCACGACCAAGCAGCUCAAGGGACUCGACGUGGUGCGUCGAGAUUGGUCGGAACUCGCCAGGAAGACAGGAGAGUACGUGAUCGACGAGCUCCUGUCCGACAACUCGCGCGAAGACAUUGUGGAGAAGAUCCACUCGUACCUGAUGCAGCUCGCUGCCAAGAUCCAGGGGGACUCGCUGCCGCUCUCCGACUUCUGCGUCACAAAGCAACUGACAAAAAACCCGGAGGAUUACCCGGACAAGAAGAACCUGUCGCACGUCCAAGUGGCGCUUCGACUCAACAGCAAACGAGGCAAGAAGCUGAAGCAGGGAGACACUGUCACAUACGUCAUAUGCAAUGAUGGCAGUUCACAGACUGCAACUCAAAGGGCAUACCACCCUGAAGAACUGAAGGGCAACGACAGCCUUUCGAUUGACAAGCAGUACUACCUGGCACAACAGAUACACCCCGUGGUGGCCCGGAUAUGCGCACCGAUUGAUGGCACGGAUGCCGCCAUGAUCGCCGAAGUUCUGGGUCUUAACCCCGCGCACUAUCGGCAUUACAACCACAAUGACGAGGACGACACGGAACGUCGGCUGAACGACGGCAGCGCAUCGGGCUUGGCCUUGUACAAGAGUUGCGAGAGGGUGACGCUGAGAUGUCCGUCGGAGGGCUGCACUGCGGUCAUUGCCGUCGAGGACAUCUUUGAAAGAACGGGUGUGGAACUCAGGUUUGUGCUGGAAGAGUGCCCGCAGUGCAAGACAGCGCUCUGCGGCUACAUCAAUGCUCUGUGCAACCAGGUGACCCUGUUCAUCAGGGACUGCAUCAGCAAGUUCUACGCAGGAUGGCUCGUCUGCGAGGACUCCGUAUGUUCCCACCGAACGAGACGGCUCCCCUUGCGGUUCGUGAAGGCGUCGCCACUGUGCUUCGCCUGCGAACGUUCAGUCAUGCACCCCGAGUACAAGACAUCCGACCUGUACAAUCAGCUCCGAUACCUCAGCAAGCUGUUCGACUUCUCAAGGGCUGUCGCAUCACUGCCCGAAUCCGACAAAAAAUCGCGCUGCGUGACGUCGCCGGAGACGGAGCGGACCUGCCGCCACAUCCAGCAGGUGGCCAAGCGGUUCCUGGCCCGGAACGGCUACAGCACGGUGCAGCUGCGCAGCGUCUUCGCGGACGUGUACCGGCCCUUGGACCCCGAGGCCUCGCGAGGCCCGCGCGAGGGCGCCGGCCUCGACUCCGGCCUGCUGGACGCCGCCGCCUAGAGGCCGCGACCUUUUCUCAAGAUCGCGCGCUGUGGGGAUGGAGACGAGCCCGACCAGCCGGUGUCCCGCGAGUUUGAAAUGCCUCCGUUUUAAGCGGCGGUGAGAUGUGCGGGUUCGUUGCAGCGACGAGGCUGGAGGCUGCUUGCUCACGUGAUCGGGAAGGUGUCUCCGGGAUGAGCGGGGGAACUAUACCGGGCGGGUAUACAUUGCAUUGCCGAAGUGAAAGCGGCUGAAUACCGCUUAGGCCGCCGACAUGGCUAACGGCACCCCGGGUGUGCUGUUGGACUAACCUAGAAAUUUGGAACCGUUACCGUAGUUUCCUACUUGCGACAACGCUCGGGUGUCUCGCGCACCUGUAGCGCUGGUGCGCAACCGAAGCAAGUUGCGAGGCAUGAAGGGCGUGCUGGAGGGUUGCGGGUUUCAGGAACGAGCCCUGCCGUUCUUAUCCUGUCAGUGAGUAUAUCUGGUUGACGCCUUGGGGGCUCGGCAGUGAGCAUAUGGCUCGCACUACGCAUUUCUCCCAAGGGGCCGUGCGAAGAACCCAUCGCCGCACUUCGGCGUUCAGGGAGUGUGCUCGGGAUUGGGGCACCCUCAUGGUCGCGGCGCAUAAUGCCUUUUAAAACCAAUCGCCAAGUUAUUUUUCUUUUUUGGUGGCGCUUAUUUGUUUCUUUUGCACUAUAUGAAGAUGUGGAUGCGCCGGACGUUGUUAGGCGCUCAGAUCCUUUCGAAGUCGUCGCAUGUGUAGUUUCGGUUACCCACUCACUGCUGCCGUAUUGAUCGUCUAGUGAAAAGAUCCCUAACGUUUUUUCUGUUUUUUUUAUUCGUGUCAAGUUCUAUUUUUAUAUAAAUGUUCCAUGGCUAAUCUGUGCAGCUCACUUUACAAGAUGUUCUUCCUUAUGUUAGGCUCUUGUCGCGCUCUUGUCGCGUUUCACUAGUAUGUUAUGCUGCAUGUGCUCGCGGCCUUGUCUGGAGUACGUUCAUGCCAAAGUGUUUUUUUUAGCUUUUAUUAACUUGAGCGUCUUGCCCACAUGAGAGUGUUUGUAUGUACAGUUUUCAUCCUGUUUAGUUACCAAUAUCUCUCUCGCGGGCCACUUUAUGAGCCUUUUUAUACAUAUUAUUUUAUUGAUGUUUCUACGGUAUUUAUCCUUUCAAAUUGUUCUUUUAACUUGUUCCGUAUUUUAUAAUCAGUAGUCUAAGCAUUUCUGUAUUUCUUUUAUAGUGGCCUACUCUUAGGUUUAAGUGGAGUAAAAGUGACUAUCUUUAAUCUUGCCCAAAUGUGUUGCUCUACGAGUGUUUAGUCACUAUAUAUUGGCUAUCAAUUUGCUCGCGAGCUUAAGAAUGUGAUCUCUAUACACCCGCCCUCUUCGCGAGCUUUAUCCCGUGCGACAAGUGUGAGCAACUUGCUUGCUAGAACUUCGCUUGAUUUUGGUGUCGUUUUGUAUUUAAUAAAAAAAUAUAUAUUCUUGGAAUGUGGAUUCA